CCAAGCUGCCUGUCUCUUUAAGCCUUGAAAGGGUGUUCGUUAGAAGCAAGGGGAGUUGCUGUGAAAUAAGCUGGCGUGAGCAAGAGAGAGAGAGAGAGAAAUUAAAAGCACCCGAGGAAGAGCAGCUCCUCAAGUCGGGCUGAUCGGUUCUCCCCAGUCAAGAAGAACUGGGUUAAGUCGGCCAAGGCGCACCGCUCGGCUUCAGCACCUGCAGAAAAAACAAAAGCUGAUCCAAAGGCAGGAGGCAGGAAGGCACUUCUCAUUAAGUGGAGCAGAAAAGCCGAUCCCUUACUUCCCAGCGUGUAACCACCUGCUGUUGCCCACCCAGGAUGGACUGCUGUAAUGAAGGGGCUUGCACCAAGCUGGAUGAGGACAUCCUGGACAUUCCCCUGGAUGACCCGGAUGCGAACGCCGCAGCGGCCAAGAUCCAGGCCAGUUUCCGUGGCCAUAUGACUAGGAAGAAGAUUAAGGGGGGAGAAAUAGAGCGCAAAAGCAAGGAUCCCGAGUGUACGAGCAGCACCCGUGCGGGGGACCUACGUAAUGGCGAUUAAGCAUGGCCAGCUGAGAAGAAAUGGAUGGAACAGCCACAUCUGGCCAGAUUUCAAGUCAUCUUCUGAACAUCACCCUUAAGUUUCUAGAACUAUCACCGUCCCAUUGAGUCUGAUCACAGACAAGACGCCCCUGCUCUCCAGCUUUGCCCUCUGGAUUGCCUUUGUUUUCAUAACCGCCUUCCCCCUCGUCUCCGUUAAAGAUGGAAAUGUUGGCACUGCUGGCUUUUUCUUGUAGUAAAUACUCUGUGUACUUCCUUGGCACCC